AGCGCUUUCGCCACAUCCGCUGACGUCACGCAUCUCAGCGUGGGUGUCAGUUGUUGUCUAGAGCUAGCUGCCGAUUUGCGCGACAAGGCAGUGCCGUUUUGUUGUCGUCAAUGUUUGCUCGCUUCGAGAGGCGCCCGGCGUUCUGCAGCUAUUCAAUCCGGUCGAUUGACUGGAAAGGAACGCUGGAACAAAGAGACGGCUGCGGCUGGCUGGCGUCGGGAAAUGCAAAGGGACUCGUCGGUCUGACCUACACAAGCGAGAAUAAUAACGUGACAUCAAUCGAUACUCCUGCAGACGACGACAUCAAUCGAGCUCAACCUGCUCGCACGAACUUCAAUUUGCGAGAGCACACGAAGGAUGUGACGCUCGUGCGAUGGAAUAAGUCGCAGCUACAUCACAGACUGACGACUUGCGAUAGCAGCGGGUCGAUAGUAGUGUGGAUGCCGUAUGACGGUCGGUGGACGAUUGAAUUGGUCAAUAAUCGCGGUCUCGGCACGGCAGUCAGCGAGUUUCAGUGGUCGAGAGACGGCAGCCGUGCUCUCAUUGCCUACACGGACGGUUACGUUCUUGUCGGGUCCGUCCACGGUCAGCGACUCUGGUCUAAUUAUCUCACUGUGGCUGCUUUUGCCGGGACUUCUGGUGUCAGGAACGACGAGACGAAAUUGUUGGCCGCUACUUGGUCGCCAGACGAUCAGUACAUCGUCGUUGCGGAUACUGCUGGCGAGCUAAUCAAGCUCGAUUCGCAGAAUCAGGGUCGUGUAGUGAGUAUAAACGAAGUGAUGGUUGGAAGACUUCACUCCUCCUCAACAGAUCAGUUUGCGGGUCUCCAGUGGAACAGACACCCAGUUGGGUCGGGCAUGAGGAGCAGACUGACCAUUUACACUAGUCACGGGGUACUGGCUUUGUUGACUCGGUGUUCUGACCCGAUUCCGGUCAUCACUCAGUCGGAGAUCAUUGAUGGUAGCAUUUCGUGGAGUGAUGACCGUUCGAUGCUUGCUGUUGCUGGAUACUGGAAGGUAAACGGGUCUUCUGCUGUGCGUUUCUUUAACACAUCUUUGAAACCGCUGUACAGUGUAGUCCUCAAUUCUGAGAAUUCUAUUACAUCAGUGUGUUGGGGACUCGGAGAUGAGCGCCUUUUUGUUGCUGCUGGGCAGGAGAUACACACUGCUGUUGUCUCCAAGUCUUCCUUAGCGUCGUUACAUGACUUGAGCAAGCAUGCAGUAGUGGAGAGCAUCCAAAAUGUGGAUGAUACAUCAGUGCUGCCUCUUCCUACCAGUCUGAAGCAAUGCCUGAGAUCGUGCUUCUAUCGUACUGUACAGGGUUUUGAUCCAGAGAUGAUGAGUCAGUUCAAUUUUGUCAGUAGUCCUCCUCAAUGCAGUCAGCGUUUGUAUUGUACAAUGGUGUGUCACUCUGACGAUCCUCAUAUUGCUCGAAGACGAAGCGUGGCAACGUCUCACUUUACACGAUAUACUCUUUAUAUUGAAUAUCUCGGCGGGCUUGUUCCAAUACUCAAAGGCCAUCGGACUAAUCGCUUGAAACCAACUUUUAGUAUCAGUGUUGCUAAACGGAGGCCAACGAGACGUAAAGUGUGUCGUAAGACAAAGUUGACUGACAGCAUGCGGAGUCAUGAGAGUUUACUGAGUUCUGACGGUACUAUGAGCAGUGGGGAGGAAGUUGAGACAUCAAACCACUCUUCAUCAUCUUCGUGCUUAGCAGAAGUAGUUCACAUUCCUGUUGACAACAGGGUUUGUCCAGAUGACACUCAGUCUCUAUGUGAUUUCACCGAUCCGUGCAGUCGGACUCUAGUUGGCGAUCCUCUAGUCGUCGUGACUUCGAAUGUUGCUUGCACAAAAUUCAAGAUGCAAGGGUUGGAUCCCAAGGUUUCUCAACAUCUUGGUUCGAUUGUUUAUAAACCAAGCCUCCUUCAUCUCCAUCCAAGAAAGAUUGCCGUUUUGUUGCCUAAUCCGGAUCAUCAACUGACGGGAGACUUUGACCAAGUGGCAGAAACGACGCUUGAACUUGGUGAUGAGUUGGAAGACGAUGAUGACUUUGGAGAGAAGGCUAUUGUCAGUCCUACUGCAUCUCUAGCACACCAGUAUGCUAGUCGGUUUACGGAACUCGGAGACGCAUUUCGAGUGCAACGUUCUGGAAUGAAUCACGUACUCUAUGACAGGAAUGAGAGCGAGGGCCAAGUGUUAGUAAUGCAUAACCGAACACCAAUAUGGAACUCCCAGAGUCAGGUAUAUCAGCUGGACUUUGGUGGUCGAGUGACGCAGGAGUCAGCCAAGAAUUUCCAACUAGAACUGGAUGGCCAACAGGUAUUACAGUUUGGUCGGAUAGGAGUUAAUGCCUACACAUUGGACUUUCAAUUUCCUUUUUCUCCUUUACAAGCGUUCUCGUUAGCAAUGGCAAACUUGACGCAGAGACUGAAGUAAGAGAAACGAAUCUGGUGUGUGGUGGUGGUGGUGGUAGCAUACACUGAGAUCGAUGUAAUUAGUUACACACUUGGAGCAUCUAGUACUUGACAGUAGCAUUUGUUCUAUACUAGAGGAAUUGAGGUAGCUAUUCAUUGCCGUCGGUAGACAAUUUUCCAGCAGUGUUGCAAAAUGAUUUCACACAUCUCUCAUUUGUGGACUGCAGUUUAUUUAUUGAAAUUUGAUUGACAUGACAAUUUGUAUUACAGUUCUAGUAGAUUGCCAGUUGAGGCAUUAUAUGAAUACAGAUAGGGACAAUUGAAUGGUAUGCCUUCUUUAUUCUGUACAAACUCAUGCACUCAAGUGCACAAUAUUCAGAUGAUAGCAAGUUUAAUUAAACUGUCAAA